AUGUUGCAGCAAUCAAGGCGUCACUAUGUUACAACUGCGGUCAACCAUAUAACGGGCGUCAUCGACAGUACUGUCCUGCCAGGAACGAGAACUGUCACGCUUGCGGCCGCCGAGGACACUUCAAGAGGUUUUAAAUCGGCUUGUAGUGUUAUUGAAGUGCUUGAUCACAUCUUCUGUCGAUACGGCUAUCCAACUCAAAUUCGAUGUGACAAUGUGCCAUUCAAUUCGAAAGCUUUCGAUGACUACGCCAACAAAUGCAAUGUUAAGUUUUCGUUUUCAAGUUCACGCUAUCCCCAGAGCAAUGGAUUGGCCGAAAAAGGUGUGGCUAUAGCUAAAAAUAUAUUGAAAAGAUGUCUUGAAGAAGUUGAAUACCAAUGCUUCCAAUACCGACUGUUGGAAUACAAUACGACAGUCGUCGCAAGUACGGGUAUGACUCCUGCUCAACUGUUUUUUGGUCGACAAUUGAAGACUCAUUUGCCAACUACUGCUGCGUUACUCACUCGAUCUAAUAUGAAUGAAAAAAACAUAAAGAAAAUAAUUGAGUACAAACGACAGAAACAAAAAAGCUACUACGAUCGUUCUGCAAAAAGUUUGCCGGUUUUGAGCUGCGGCGAGACAGUGAUAUUCAAAAAGAACAGCAGAGAAUGGCACUAUGGACAAAUCACGCGUAAUGUUAACAAUCGGUCAUAUAUAAUCCAGGAUGAUAAUGGAAGCUACUUCAGACGCAAUCGAAGAUUCAUAAAAAAGUCCCAGAAUCGAGGAUUUGAUCCCAGUGAAGCGUUAUAUGAGGAACAUUUGCAAAAAGCUUUGAAUCGGAAUGAACAGAAGGAAUUAUUAGAACCACCAGUUGUUCAACAAGAAACCCAUUGCUCGAAUCGUCGCCAAGCACCAGAAUCGUCAAUCAUUCCUUCGCCUGAGUAUUCUAUUGCUGAGUCGCCGAACUCCUCGCCAAAGUGCCUAAGAACCGCUUUUUCUUAG